AUGGCAAAUAAAAGAAAUAAAUACCGAGCAAUAAUUAUAUGGCUUGCGACUUUGGAGGUCGAUUUACGUGGUAUAGUAAUAACGAAAAAUUUGAUUAUAGGUGGUUUCAUAAAUGGUGGAAUGAUUGUGACAUCAUUUUUGGUAGCUUUAGUGGGAAUCAGUAGUCCAUUGAAACGAAAGAAAUGGUUGAUAUCACAUGGAUUUAUGAUUGUUUUAACUUCAAUUGCUUUAUUGGUUAUGGGAGCAAUCAUUUGGUUUGAAACGUUACAUGAAUUAAAGCAUUUUAAUGAAGAAUGGAUUAGAUGGACAUGUCCGGUAGAUAUCGAUUUAACCGAUAAACGAGGAUGUCAAACACCUUUAAUAGCUGCAGCUGACAAAACAUCUAGAAAAUUAUUUACAUCAUUAUUCGGAUUCAUUGCUAUCAACGUAUGUUCUUUACUGGCUACAAUUGUAUUAAUACAAGCAAGAAAUGUCGAAGAACGAUAUCGAAAGAUUGAUGGAAAACAUCGCAGUCUUACUGAUAAUGCUCUUAAGAGACAAUACGUUUAA